AUGUCAAAGAAGAAAGGAGGUUGUGAUGGACAAGCCUCCUGUAAGCCAGAUGAUACAGCGCUAUCGGCACUCUUUGUUGAAAAUCAGGUCUCCCAGGAAUUCAGCAGAGUGGUAGGGAAAAACCUGAAACAGGAAUUCUAUGAGUCUCUGGAUCGUCUUUGCCCUAAACUGGUUGAAAUCAUCAGGUCAAAGAGAGGUCUAAAGGGACAACUUCUGGAUGGUCUGUUGCGCCAAACAAAGACAUCGGACACUGCUGACAUCAGAUGCCUUGUCCUGAGAGGGCUUCCAAUACUCUUUGAUGACAACUCGGCUGAUUUCUUCAAGACUUGCUUUGUCACUGAUGACGAGGACGUAUACAGACACAUUGGAAUAGGAAUCCUCUGCUUCACUGAGGAAGAUGUUGCACCACAUCCUCCAUCUUCUGUAGGAAUCGUCUUGGAGGGGACUCUUGUGAUGGACAAUCUGGACAUUCCAAAUGCCAUGUGCCUUCUGUUUGGCCUGACCUAUGCACUCCACUUAAAUUAUCCUAAGUGCAUGACCAACACAUUCCGUUUCAUUCAACAGGUCCUGUUGAGCAUUGAGAAGACCGAGCUAAAAGGGAAAGUAUUAACACUGACGAAUCAGCUGUAA